AUGGUGGGUCUCUCUGAAGGGGAGAAGCACUUCAUCCGCGGCGGCAUUGCGCAGGACCUUCGCACUGAUGGACGUAAGCGACUGCAGUUCCGGGCCCUCUCCGUCCAAACUGGAGUCAUUCCACAGGCGAAUGGCUCAGCGCGUGUUAGAUUGGGGGCCACUGAAAUAAUUGCUAGCGUCAAGGCUGAACUUGGAAAACCAAGCAUUCUUCACCCAGACAAAGGAAAAGUUUCCAUUUUUGUUGACUGUAGUCCAACCGCUGAGCCUAUGUUUGAGGGUAGAGGUUCUGAAGAAUUGUCUGCUGAGCUCUCUGUUUCCCUGCAAAGAUGCUUGCUGGGUGGUAAAAGUGGUGCUGGUGCUGCAAUUGAUCUGUCGUCCCUAAUUGUUGUUGAGGGAAAGGUCUGCUGGGAUCUGUACAUUGAUGGGCUUGUGGUCAGUUCUGAUGGUAAUUUGCUAGAUGCGCUAGCUGCUGCGAUAAAGGUUGCUUUGAGUGAUACAGGUAUACCAAAAGUUAAUGUUUCUGUUAAUGCUGCAUCUGACGAGGAGCCUGAAGUUGAUGUAAGCGAUGAGGAAUUUCUGCAGUUCGACACCUCCAGUGUGCCUGUUAUUAUUACAUUAACCAAGGUGGGUCGGCACUACAUCGUUGACGCCAACUCAGAGGAAGAAUCCCAGAUGAGUUCAGCAGUGUCGGUAUCAGUCAACAGGCAUGGCCAGAUAUGCGGGCUUACCAAGAGGGGAGGUGCAGGGCUGGACCCAAGCGUCAUCUUUGAUAUGAUAUCUGUCGCCAAGCAUGACCACAUGAAUGGAUCAUAUACUAGCUCGAUAAGCCUCCAUGAUGUCAGUGUCGACGAUGGACAGUCCGCUCUUGAUAACAGCAGCAGAGCUUCUAGUCCUUUUGAUAUCCUGACUCCUCAAGAUGUUAUCCCUAUUGAAACGGCAAGGUCUAGAUUCUUGGACCUCGUUGUUGAUUAUUUUAUAUGUGAGCAUGUUAUUGAGAUGGUGGAAUGCUCUGGCUCCGACUGCAGCCAGGUGGAUGGUAAAUCAAACAAGAGAAAGCAGCAGGAGGUUCGAUAUGAGGGUGACCCAAGGGUUGCUUUGCCAUUGAUGUAUAUUGCAAACUUGUACGAAACCUUGAAAACUAUAGGUCUAGCUCUUGAAGCUUCAGGUGGCUUGUACAGGAAACUGACUCAGAGGUUCCCAAAGAGAGGCCACUGCAGCUUCAAGAGGAGGGAGUUAGCGACUUCUCAUGCAACUAGGACAAAGUUUCCUGAACUUGUGGUACAAGAAGAAAAACGAGUUCGUUUUGUUGUAAUUAAUGGAUUGGCGAUCGUAGAGAGGCCAGAAAAUAUGAGAAUGGAAGAUGCGGAAUGGUUCAAAAGAUUGACUGGUCGAAGUGAAGUUGCUAUUUGCUCAAGAGAUUAUAAAUUCUAUUCACCCCGGCAUAAGAUCAGGCGCUCCCCGCAGGCAGCAUUUGACAUCCCUGGUACAAGUGCUUUGGCAGAGGAUGAGAACUCUUCAUUGGUUUGUUCUUCAGGAUUCCGCUCACCAAAUGAGCCAACCAGCCCAGCGAAGUUCUGCGAUGAGUGUGGCUCCCCAUAUUUAAGGGUGACAUCGAAGUUCUGCUCAGAGUGUGGUACCAAGAGGCUAGGGAUGUGA